AUGGCCUCCAUCGCCAAGGCCCUCGCCGUCCUCGUCCUCGGCCUUGGUCUCGGCGCCUCCGCGACCGGUUCCCGCGGCGGCAGCCUCGACUUCUUCUCCGACGACAAGUGCCAAGACCUCAUCAAGGCCGAGACGGCGCCCAUCCCCCUCGACGUCUGCAUGGUGGCGUCGCCGCUCGGCCAGCUGACGAGGAGCUUCCGCGUCGACCAGAAGCCGUACUGCCCCGACGGCAGCCGGCCCUCGCUGCUCUUCUUCCAGGACUGCGCCUGCACCGACGGCGUCGCCAACUGGAUCCCCAACGCAAACUACGGCGACUACGGCAACGGCUCGUGCCAGGCGGGCUGGGGCGGCGACUUUCUCAUGUUUGCGCUGUCCUGCGGCGAGUUCAAGGCGCCCGUGCGGUCCGUCAUCUCCUUUGGCGCGACGUUUCCUUCGCCGUUUACCUCGACGAAGCCUGUUGGCUGCCCUCCGCUCACCAGCGGCGUUUCCGCAACCACUACUUCCGGUUCUGCUGCUACUGAUACUGCUCGUUCUGCUACGUUCGGCAGCGCUGAGGCAACCCCGACGACGGAUUCCAGCUCCGAUUCCAGCUCCUCCUCUUCUCGUCAAGACGCUGCGAACUCUUCUUCUUCUUCCGCUUCCUCAUCUACGGCGACAGGGACAAGAACAAAAAUUGUCCCGGCGACAGGCACGCAGUCUCAAGCGGCUGCAACGACGACAUCGGCCGCGAUCGGAAGAUACCACGAGAUGGGAGCUCUGUAUUUCAUGGGCUACGCUGGAAUCUUUGGCCUUAUUUCGUACUUCACUCUGUAG